CGACAACUAUAAAUUGAUGCCAAUUUUCCAUCAAACUCUCACACCAACCAAGCUUUAUAUCUUCAACAAAUGGCUUCCACUAUUCAAUCUCUUGUCUUCACCACCCUCCUCCUUUUCAUCUCCAUUGCUCCCUCAUUUGCCCAGCAAUCUUUCCGCCCAAAGGCUCUCGUCGCACAGGUCUCCAAAGACAGUUCCACUCUCCAAUACGUGACACGUAUCAGCCAAAGAACCCCUCUCGUACCCUUGAACCUAGUCCUCGACCUCGGCGGUCAGUACUUGUGGGUCGACUGCGAUAACAACUACGUCUCCUCCACCUACCGUCCGGCUCGCUGCAGAUCGGCCCAAUGCUCGCUGGCCAGAUCUAACGGCUGCGGAGAUUGCUUCUCGGCACCCAGACCGGGCUGCAACAACAACACUUGCGGUGUAUCACCCGACAACACCGUCACCGGCACGGCCACCAGCGGCGAGCUCGCCGAGGAUGUCGUCUCUAUCCAAUCGACCGACGGGAAGAAUCCCGGUCGGAACGUUUCGGAUUCCAGCUUCAUCUUCGCUUGCGCGCCGACAUUUCUGUUGCAGGGUCUGGCGAGUGGGGUUUCCGGAAUGGCUGGAUUUGGAAGGACGCGGAUUUCUCUGCCUUCGCAGUUCGCUGCGGCUUUUAGCUUCCACAGGAAGUUUGCUAUCUGCUUAGCGUCGAACGGCGUCGUUUUCUUCGGCGAUGGUCCUUAUGUUUUGCUUCCUGGCCAGGAUGUUUCUGAAUCGCUCACUUUCACUCCGCUUUUCCUCAACCCCGUCAGUACCGCUUCUGCUUUUGCACAAGGCGACCCUUCUUCCGAAUACUUCAUCGGAGUCAAAUCUAUCAGAGUCAACGACAAAGUCGUGCCUGUGAACACGACUUUGCUUUCCAUCGACAACGAGGGUGUGGGUGGGACCAAGAUCAGCACCGUGAAUCCCUACACGGUUCUGGAAUCUUCCAUCUACGACGCCGUAACGAAAGCGUUCAUCGAUGAGGCAGCCACCAGGAACAUUACGAGGGUGGGUCCCGUGGCACCGUUCGACGUUUGCUUCAGCUCGGAGAACAUUCUCAGCACUCGACUUGGAGCUUCGGUGCCAAGCAUCGAUCUCGUAUUGCAGAACGAGAACACGAAGUGGACGAUAUUCGGAGCCAACUCGAUGGUGGAGGCGAGAGAUGGUGUUUUGUGCCUUGGGUUCGUCAAUGGGGGGAAAAACCCAAGGACGUCAAUCGUGAUUGGAGGGUAUCAAUUGGAGGACAUUCUUUUGCAGUUUGAUUUGGCAACAUCAAGGUUAGGAUUCACCUCCACUCUGUUGGGUAGGCAAACCACAUGUUCCAACUUCAACUUCACAUCCAAUUAAUGCCUGCAGAGAAUUUUAUGUUUUACUAUUUUUAAUCUUAAAUUUGGGUUGUAAUUGUGGUGCUUAGAAUAAAUCUCAUGAUUCUCAACCGGAGAAUCACAGUAUUAAUAAGUCGCCGUUAUGGAAUAUGAAAGUGGCACAUAAUUAUAUUUUUUUCAUAUAUUUUUAUUGAUGAUGUUUGUAAGCAUAUAUAUACAUGUAUGUCCAUAUAUAAUAAAAGCUCUUUUCCUAUUUGAUUUCUUUU